AUGAAAAGCAACGACGCGCUCGCCCUCAUCAUUGUCGCCUACACCGCCCUCGGGUUCUUGGUCUCCUUCUUUAUUGCCCGGUUAGCCCUCGCCAUGCACCGCCGGGCGCACGGCUCCUCGACAGGAUCGUCCGGGUCGUCCGGGUCGUCCGGGUCGAAAUCGACGGCGUCAUCGGGUUCGGUCCCGAGCCGCUACCAGAGCGGCGACGCCAGCACCUCCACCCCUCGGCCCGCAUUCGAAUCCUCGGCAGUUCCCCUGUCCCAAGCCCCGCCUCCGCCAAACGUGCCGCCCGUAACUCCCGUACCGCCCCCGGUGGGCGCAUUCGGCAAUAACGGGUAUUAUUCCCCGGCUCGACCGCAUUCGUUUCCGCCGCCGCCGCCGCCGCCGCCUUUGAACUGA